UAAAAAACAAUAUAUUUUCAUUUCUAGUUUUGUACAUAUCGUCUGCGAGUGCCAAUAUCCUCCCCCCUCUCUCCCUCUCUUCUGAUAAUUUCUUUCAUUUUGGUUGUCUGUCUCCAAAAUUCGGAAUUCAAACCCUAAAUCUUCUUUUAGUGGUUGCAGGAUAUCGUAUAUUGAGGAAAAAAGAUGAGUACAUUAGACACAACCAGAGCAGAGCUUGCCCUUGUUGUCUUGUAUUUGAACAAAGCUGAAGCCAGGGAUAAGAUUUGCAGGGCAAUACAAUAUGGUUCAAAAUUCUUGAGCAAUGGAGAGCCUGGUACAGCUCAAAAUGUUGACAAAUCAACUAGCUUGGCUCGCAAAGUUUUCCGUCUUUUUAAGUUUGUCAAUGAUUUACAUACUCUUAUAAGCCCAACGCCUAAAGGAACUCCACUUCCAAUCAUUUUACUUGGAAAGUCCAAAAAUGCUUUGUUGUCAACUUUCUUGUUUCUGGAUCAAAUUGUCUGGCUUGGAAGAACAGGCAUCUAUAAGAACAAAGAACGUGCUGAGCUGAUUGGCAGUAUAUCUCUUUUCUGUUGGAUGGGUUCUUCAAUUUGUAGUUCUCUGGUUGAGCUUGCGGAGCUUGGAAGGCUGUCUGCAUCAAUAAAGAAGUUGGAGAAGGAGCUUAAGAACACUGAUAAAUAUCAAAACGAGCAGUACUGUAACAAGCUCAAACAGUCAAAUGAUAGGUCACUAGCGCUUGUAAAAGCACUCAUGGAUAUAGUGGUUGCAGUUGGGUUGCUUCAACUUGCACCUAAGAAGGUCACUCCUCGUGUGACAGGAGGCUUUGGAUUUGUCAGCUCUCUCAUCUCUUGUUAUCAGUUGCUUCCUUCUGCACCAAAGAGUAAAGCAGCCUGAGGAACAAAACCUAUUUUGCUUAGCAUGCAUGUGGCAUCAUAAUAACAUUCCAGAUUGGUAGGGAUAAAUCCCAUGUUAGUGUAUGCUACUGUACAAGCUGUUGAAUGGUAGAAAGAAAUUCAUGUUUCACCACUUACAUAGAUGGUCAUGAUUCAUUCAUGCUUUCUUAUAUAUCAUAGUUAAUAUAUCUUGUUGGUUAUGUUGAUUGGAUGAUUA